GGGCCUCUUUGAGGGAAAAUGAGUUUGAAGAGCAGCCGCGGGUAGUAGCGUUUCCUCACGUCUGAGCUACACGUCUCUGUUCACGUCACGGUGUCCACUGACAGGAGUCUUGUGUGACAGAGGACUGCUGCUGUUGAUCUCAUUCAGCGAUCACACUGGACACUAUUUGAGCUGGUAACAGGGAGUUAGUGCAAGCUGCCCAAGACAUUGAAGACAACAUCACCAAGAAACUUGAAGUGCCUGUUUUGAAACCUUGUUGGCAUUGAGCAACGUUGUAGCCUACCAGAGAUGGUCGGCAGAUUGAACUUGCCAAAUGUUUCUGGAGCAGAUCCACUGGAUAUGAGCUGUUACAAAGCAGACGGGGGACUCGACAGUCCGGAUUCAGGUUUACCGCCCAGUCCUAGUCCCAGCGGCUGGCUACCUGUACCUGCAGACAAGGAGGAGGGAAAAGCUUCUCUGGCUCCAUCCUUGCCUACCCGUUCAUUACCACAACUUCAGCCAUUGUCAUAUGGAGAAGGUGUAUCUCUCAGUCCACUGCCUGCAAAAGAGAUGAGAUACACCUCAUGUGUGAGUUAUGACUCAGACCGUCACUUCAUCCAGAACGUGACCCUGCGGCCCUGGGGUCAGGAGCUGGAGCACUGUCGACAGACCAUUGUGGCCAUGCCUCACAGUACCUGGCGCCAUUACAAGACACAGCUGGAGUUUGAGCCACGACACCGGCCUCACCAAUUCAGCAGCACCGCGAUCAUCUAUCCCAAGAGGACCAGUGUAAUGUAUUCCACUGAGCUGAACUACGACUGCCACCGUCUGGUCAGGCAUUUCAUCUCUAGUGUGGAGCUUGAGGCGUCGGGCCACAGGCAGGAAGCCCACACAGUGAAGAGGUGAUGGGUUGAGUACAAGAAACCACUGCUAUAUAUGUAUACACACAUACACACAUACACAUAGACCUGCUGUGUUUUUACACUUUGAUAGAUCCUAUUCAAAUAUCCUUAGAGUAAUUCAAUUUAUAUGGUCUCAUUUAGUUGGGCCCAGGUAAAGACAGUUUCACUUGAGGUGUCACUUGGUUAUUUUGUCCACAUAUAACAUGUGUUUCACGUGUUGUAUUUGUUCACCGGGUGAUAUGACUUCUGCACAACUUUCAUGUGUACACAGGUUUGUUUUUUCUUUAUUUAAGCAAGGUUUUUGAUUAAAGUCAACACCUUUCUAUUAAAGUGUAAGCUUAAUGUAGAAUGUACAAAUGAACAGUAGCUCUAAUGUUUUUUUUAACAUGAACAGUCAAUUUGACAUGUUUUUAUCUUGUGUGAAUGGAAUGCUGAAUAAUAUUUAUUGUCAUCUUCAAUUUUAGAUGUUUUUAUUCACAUUACCAAAUUUUACGUUUUUAAAUAAAGUAAUAAUUCUAUCCUA